AUGGUUGUUUGUAAAUAUUUUAUUGAAGGACGCUGUAGAUUCGGUAAUUCAUGUCAGUAUGAACAUUCUGGUCAACCCUCCUCGUCCUCGUCUUCCUUUUCAUCAACUCAUCAUCAGCAACAAUCACGUAGUACUGGUCAAAACAACAUAUACUCACGAUUAGGCUUCUCAAAUUUAAGAAAAGACUUGAUUGAAGAGAGACCGAUAUAUCGAUAUUCAGUAUUUGCUCCAAUGAAAGAUGAACCUAACAUGAUAGAAGGAACAGAUUUUUCACCGGAAGAAUUAAGAUUAGAAUAUUAUAACAUUAACAAUACGUAUGGAAACGACGCACAAUAUGUACGUGCCCAACAAGGUGUAAGAGAUUUGGAAGAAAGAAUGCAAAGUAAAAUUGAUUCAAUACUUAAAGAUGUUAGUGGUGCAUGUAACGAACAUGAAUUAAAGAAACAACAAUCCAAACGACCGGAACAACUCGAGUGUUUGUUUGAAACCUAUAUACUAAAUACUCUAAAAAUGGCUAUGUCUUCUACGACGGACUUUGUUUAUCACGAAAAUACAGAAACUUUCGUCACAAAAACAUUCCAUUGGACUGUAUCAAACAACCCAACGGUUCUCGACCCCGAAAAAAAAACACUUUCAAUAAUAUCAAUAAAAUCAGAAAAAGACUUACCCUUAAACGAGAAAGAUUUUGAUUUAGCUAGUGAUGCUUUGCAUAGGGACAACGAUAUGUUUGGAUAUCACGUCGAAAAUGUUAUGAAGGAAAUGCAUAAACUAAAAACGUUUCAUGGUGUUUUAACCACAUGUAAACAUACUUGGUUCCUGCGCUAUCAACCGAGCAAUAAUUGGUUUUUUAUAUCACCAGCAAUAAAAUCUGAUGCAACUCCAUCACUUAUUAAAUGCUUUAUCUACUUUACACUUAGUUCCAAAUAUAUUAUAGGUAGCACACGUGAAGAGGAUUAUAUAAGAGAGAAAUCAGUCAAUUCAGCAUUGGCCCGGUAUAACUUGUCGCUUAGUAUACUAAGAGGUUGA